GCGAUAGCACUAUGAGUGAAAAUGAGGAGGAGAAACCUAAUCAGGAAGAUCUUGAGCAGGAUGAGUUAUCACGACCAGCUGAAGCCCAGAGUCCUGGCUGGGGGAAAGCCAGGCCAGAAAGGCAGCAGAGAAAGAGAUGCAUUAAAUCCGCUCAUCAAGCAAGAGGAUCUAAGAAACUAAAAGCCACCCUUAAUCAACAGAAACCCCCCAGGGAAGAGAGUCCCUACAUAUGUACAGAAUGUGGAAAAAGCUUCAAGGGGAGUUCGACCUUCUUGAACCAUCUGAAAAUCCACACAGGAGAAAAGCCCUUUGAAUGUCCUAAGUGUGGGAAAAGCUUCAGCAGAAAGGCAAACCUUGUGGUACAUGAGAGAAUCCAUACAGGAGAGAGACCCUAUAAAUGUAAAGAAUGUGAGAAAAGCUUUGGCCGGAGCUCAAAUCUAAUUGCACACCGUAAAACCCACAUGAAAAAGAAAUCCUAUGCUUGUACUGCAUGUAGCAAAAGCUUCGCUUGCAGCUCAGCCCUUGUCCAGCAUCAGAAAAGCCACACAGAAGAGAAACCUUACAAAUGUACUGAAUGCAGGAAGAGCUUCCGCCUGAGCUCAAACUUCCUUAAACAUCAGAAAGUCCAUGUGAGAGAGACAUCCAGUGAAUGUGCAACAGUAUGUCAUGAGGAACAACAAAAUGGUGGCGCAGAGCAAGUAGCUAUGGACCAGUCAAGACUUAUACUUGAAGAGUGUAAGUAUAAAAAAGGUUUCUAAAGUACCACGCAUAGCACUUUAAAUUGUAGAAAUUAAUACUCUCAUCUUCACACAGUGAGAAGAAUGAGGGACAACAUGGAUAUGCUUCUUCUGAAUCAGCAAAGUCAGCUACAGGUCCUUCAAGAGAUUCAGAAACAGCUGAAUGUCCUCCU